AUGGAAGACUAUUCAAGUGAGGAUGACUGGGAGCAUAGGUUUGAAGAGAAAGAAGUAGUAAAAGUGCAAGAGGAUCCUGAAGACAAUAAAAGGGAUUGGACGGGUCUCCCCAGUGAGCUUCUAAGCGAGAUGUUAACAAAUCUUCACCAUCCCCAGGCCAGAUUCUUCUUUCACAAAGUAUGCAAAUACUGGGAUUCAAUUGAGGAUCCUAAACACCACUGCCCUCUCAUCUCCCCCACCCUUCAACUCCAAUCCCAAUGGCUAGUCCACAAGGACACUUACUUCGGCACCUUCUGCAAAUUCUUCCACCCCUUCUACCCCGACAGGUACGCCCUACACGACAUUCCCGACCUGGCCCACACUGUCCUCUUGCACUCCAAUAACGGCUGGCUCCUAAUGUCUCGGGGACAAAAAACUCUUUUCUUCAUAAACCCCUUCACUAAGGAGCGGGUGGACCUGCCUGAAACAGAACACUCAUUCGGGGAAUGGAAAAGCGCAAUCUUCUUGUCAGACCCAACCUCCCCAGACUGCAAGGUUUUCGGCGUCGUGUCUUUCCUUGAUAAUUGGGCUCAUUUUUUCACCAUCCAUCGCGGAGAAAACUCGUGGGUUCGUCAUAUUUUUAGUGAUUUGAGUCCCCGGAUGUUCCAAUCCGAAUGCCACCCGGUUUUCCAUAACCAAAAGCUUUACUGCUUGGGUAAACACGGCGGGAUGGGAGUGUUCGAGUUCAACCCAGAGGCGGAGGAAAGCAAAUAUUCCGUCCACGAGGUGUUGUGUUCGCCGCUGGAGGACGAGACGUUCGAAAGCUACUUAGUGGAAUGCGAGGGGGAACUAAUGGCGGUGUUCUUAUCAUACAUGGGGACGAAAAUUAGUGUUGUGAGAUUGGACGAGGAGAGGAUGGAGUGGAGGAAAGUGGAGAGUUUGGGUGAUUUCAUGGUGUUUAUCAGCGUGGGCACAUCUUUUGCCAGGAAGAAAACGGUUGAUGGAAUGGAGAACAAGAUUUACUUUCCGAGAUUGUCUGGGGAUUACACUGUGUUCUACUGCUUGGCCACCGAGAGGUACAAGACUUUCGGGAAUAACUUUUGUCAGAAAGACUUGUAUGAGACGAGGGAGCAACUCAACUGUUGUUGGACUGAACCAUCUGCUCGCACUUCUACCUCUCCGCAACAACUCCACUGGCUUCCCCAACAUGCAUGA